AUGGAUCGCAGGUCCCGGGCUCAGCAGUGGCGCCGAGCUCGCCAAAAUUACAACGACCUGUGCCCGCCCAUAGGCCGCCGGGCAGCCACCGCGCUCCUCUGGCUCUCCUGCUCCAUCGCGCUCCUCCGCGCCCUUGCCACCUCCAACGCCCGUGCCCAGCAGCGCGCAGCUGCCCAACAGCGCCGGAGCUUCCUUAACGCCCACCACCGCUCCGGCGCCCAGGUAUUUCCUGAGUCCCCCGAAUCGGAAUCUGACCACGAGCACGAGGAGGCAGACCUUGAGCUGUCGCUCCCCGAGUGCCUAGAGUACGAGGAAGAGUUCGACUACGAGACAGAGAGCGAGACCGAGUCCGAAAUCGAGUCUGAGACCGACUUCGAGACCGAGCCUGAGACCGCCCCCGCCACUGAGCCUGAGACCGAGCCGGAAGACGAGCGCGGCCCGGUGGUGCCCAAGCACUCCACCUUCGGCCAGUCCCUCGCGGAGAGCCAGUCUCUGACCCAGCGUCUGCACGCCCUCAAGUUGCGAAGCCCCGACACCUCCCCGAGUCGCGCGCCGCCCAGCACUCAGGAGCCCCAGAGCCCCAGCGAGGGGGAGGAGCUCAAGCCCGAGGACAAGGAUCCGACGGACCCCGAAGAGUCUGAGGAGCCCAAGGAGGAGAAGCAGCAGCGGCGUCGCUGCAAGCCCAAGAAAAAGCCCACUCGCCGUGAGGAGUCCCCGGAGUCCCCUUCCAAAAAGGGACCCAUCCCCAUCCGGCGUCACUAA